CCAGUGCGACUGCUUUUUAUGAAAGUAAACCGAACUUGUGAACCCCAAUGUGGAAAUUGAAUGAUAACCGCCCGCGCGUCAUGCGACAUUCUUUGCUCGCGCAGAAGUGACCGUAAUUGGACUAAACAGAGGACCACGGAGACGGCGGCUGGGCAACCACGAGCUGCGCUGACACCCAAAGGCGGGCACACUGGACUCUUAACAUGAACCUAAAUCUUAGUAGAGAGGUGCGGCUAAUGUCACACUGAAAUCUGGAAAUCCACUGUCUAGAUCGCGCGUUUCGAAAUGUCGUGCGGAGGUUUCUACCGACACAUCUGAUUGUUUUGGUGAAGUCAGUGCGCAGGAUCAGUACAGUAUCUAGUCUGCGCGAAUGCUCACGUCAGUGAUGAGUUGUUUGAGAAUUGAAAUUGGGCUGCCGUGACGCUUAGGAUAUUUCCAAAGUUCGCCAAUACAACUCCGCGGCUCGUUGACGGGCAGUUCGUCAAAGUUAGCCGUCUUCGAUUCACUCGCGCUCUGGGCAUGUGUAAAUACGUCGUUUAAAUACGAUCCUGUUUUCAGCUGCCGGAGGACAGGGGACAGUCGAGGCACGGAUGCAACCCUGAAGAGUCCGUCAAUGAGGCAACAAAACGCCGAGAGAGGAAUACAAUCAGCGAGAGUUGCGGAAAGGCUGUAUAAUCUGAAGUUUGUUAUCUAUACAUCCAUCGGCUAUAUGGACUAAACGAAUGCCACAUCAUCCAUUGUCUUGACUGCGUGUGCUGUUCUUAUUUAAGCGUUUGUGGGUCACUUAUAUACCUUGCAUAGGCUUCAUCCAGACACAUGCACUUCACAUGCAUUUAGACGAGCAACGUCAAGAGAAAUUGUUAUUCCGCAAAUGUGUCGGCAUUUCUUUACGUUUUGCGGACUGAAAACCAAAGCGUUUUCGCAAAGGAUUAGGCUACGCGGCUUUCCUAUCGCGACUAUAACGAACCAACCUCUGUCAGAAUUCGCCAGGAUGUAGUAAGCAAAGCGGCGCAGCCUUUUUGUUUAAUAUAUUUGCGGCAAUAGGCAAUUCUAUUUUGUCAUGGUUCAUUAACGUUAUGUUUUUGUCCGUUUGGUAGCCUACGUAUCAUGUGAAGGACAAAAAGAUUACUUUUUAAGUUUGAAAAAGGGACGGACACAUUGAUAAACGAUGGCUUAUAUCUUUGUGGAAUCAAUUCAACACUAAUUCCUGAAGUCAAACAUCGCAUCGCUUCUGAGCGAGGGCGGAGCAGCCGUGCGCAGCAUCCCCUGGCUCGAAGACGGCGAAAGAGACGGGUUGAACAGUUUGAAAGACAUCUGCAGCUGAAGUUUCAAAGAUGCAUUGCAUCCGUCACCUAGGGGUUCUCACGCUCUGGAUAGUCUGCGUCUCGGGGGCUGGUGCGGAGCUGACCUGUGACACGCUGCUUCUGCUGUCGGGAAACUUCACAUUGCGUUCUCUGGUGGCGUGGAACUUGACCCUGGCUCCCAGCAACGUCACGGGUGUGUUCUGCAACAUGUCGAUAGACGGGAUCGGGACCUGCUGGCCGCGGAGUCGGGCGGGAGAGCUGGUCACCAGGCCCUGUCCGGAGUUCUUCUACGGAGUGCGCUACAACACCACAAACAACGUGUACAGAGAGUGCCUGCUGAACGGAACCUGGGCGAUGAAGGGGAACUACUCGCAGUGCCAGGCCAUUCUGACUGAAGAGAAGAAGAGCAAGCUGCACUACCACAUUGCGGUGAUCAUAAACUACCUGGGCCACUGCAUCUCCCUGGGAGCCUUGCUGGUGGCGUUCCUGCUCUUCAUGCGUUUGAGGAGCAUCCGCUGCCUGAGGAACAUCAUCCACUGGAACCUCAUCACCGCCUUCAUCCUGCGCCACGCCACCUGGUUCAUCGUGCAGCUCACCAUGAACCCCAAAGUGCACGAGAGCAACGUGAUCUGGUGCCGGUUGGUGACGGCCGCCUACAACUACUUCCACGUGACCAACUUCUUCUGGAUGUUCGGCGAGGGCUGCUACCUGCACACGGCUAUCGUGCUAACCUACUCCACCGACAAGCUCCGCAAGUGGAUGUUCAUCUGCAUCGGCUGGUGUAUCCCGUUCCCCAUCAUCGUCGCCUGGGCGAUCGGCAAGCUGUACUACGACAACGAGAAGUGCUGGUUCGGGAAGCGACCGGGGGUUUACACGGACUACAUCUACCAGGGGCCCAUGAUCCUCGUUCUGCUGAUCAAUUUCAUCUUCCUCUUCAACAUCGUCCGGAUCCUCAUGACAAAGCUCCGAGCCUCGACAACAUCCGAGACCAUUCAGUACAGGAAAGCGGUGAAGGCCACACUGGUCCUGCUGCCCCUCCUGGGGAUCACCUACAUGCUGUUCUUCGUGAACCCCGGAGAGGACCAGGUCUCCCAGAUUGUCUUCAUCUACUUCAACUCAUUUCUGGAGUCCUUUCAGGGCUUCUUCGUGUCAGUGUUCUACUGCUUCUUGAACAGUGAGGUGCGGUCGGCGGUGAGGAAGCGCUGGCACCGCUGGCAGGACAAGCACUCGAUCCGGGCCCGGGUCGCCAGGGCCAUGUCCAUCCCCACCUCCCCCACGCGCGUCAGCUUCCACAGCAUCAAGCAGUCCUCCGCGCUGUGAGGCCCCUCCGGGCCACCAGGGGGCGCUGCGCGCACACCGGGUACGUCACGCUGCCGCGGAGAGGGGGGGGACUCGUUCACAUCGUUCCUGCUGCAGGAAGGAGGGGGUCGGACCACACCUUCCCCGGGCGGGACAGAAGUCAGGGAUGAGAGACCAACAUUUUUCAAGACUGCACUGAUAGCUUUCCGGGAAGAGAUGAGGUAUUUGUUGUCCAGUUGUUGUUUGGCCUUCCGGUUGGAUUAUGUUCCCGUUUUUCUUCAUCCUUACUGGAAAACUCUGCAUUACGAGUGGUGUUUCGUCAGCCUUCACUCUUUCACCUCCUCGACUGUGAUGACGUUCCAACUUUCCAACUUUCCGAAGUUCCUAUGGCAGGACAGCACCAGGGCACCGAUGCGUGGGGAAUCAUCGAGACAAAAGGAGCGUUGCUUUGUGCCGCCAAAUCGACACUUUCAGGUGAUCCUCGUUUCUAAACCAGAUUCUUGCCGUAUUUAUUUCUUGGGUGGAACCGUACAGUGAGAACAGUGUGAUGUUCAGAGAUAGGGCGGAGACUCGCCCUCCAUUUCAUGGCGAAUCAGUAAAAGGAGUUCCUGCCUGGCGCACUGUCCCUGAGACGCGAGCAUUCCCCUGGCUGUCCCGCUGUUUCUGUCACGGUCCGAAAGGCGCAUUAUCUCACCGUAACGUACGCUGUUACGCCGUUCGGUCCCACACACGCUCUGCCCUGUAGCCUACAGAAUGUUGCACAAAUCUCCCAAUUGGACAUUUUUCAUAUUUCAUUUUCCCCCUUGGACGGAGAACAGACUUUCCACUCCGAAUGAAAGUCGAUGCCCAAAAGGACCUCUCGGCGUCUGGAAGAGCAUCACAGAGGAAUAUGGACCGGAUUAGUGAAGCAGAAAAACAGAAAACGCACUGUGGACGUCGUCAGGGGACCGCGGUGUGUGCGAUGGUCACGCACGCUCCAGUGUCUGGAGGAGAGACUCUGCUCCUGUGGUCGUGUUCUUCAGAAGAAAAGCGCUCCUCUUGUCGUCCCUCUGAUCUGUUCCUGUUGGGCGGUCCCCCUCGGGUUCCCAUGUCGUGUUGCUAUGCUGGAGGUGAGAGCAGAGAGCUGUGGUCCUGCAUCCAUGAUCAACUUCACGCCUGUUGGGCUUUGGCUUGGCGGUGCACACACACACACACACACACUCUCUCACACACACACAAACACACACACAGUGCUCUGCCUGUCACAAAGAAGGAAAGACUGGUCACGGAACAUUUUAAUACCCUCCAGUCAGGCUCUGCAAGGAGAUGAAUGUCAUUGAUGAAUAUCUUUUAUGUGUGCACAUAAUACAUACACACACUCACACACACACA